GUGAGAAUGGACCAUGUCUAAGAGGCCUUAGCUUCGUGGUCUCUUCCUUUGCCUUUUGUUAUCUCAUAUAAUUAAUUUCCUCCUUCACAAACAUUCUUAACUGAAAGAAAACUACAUCAAACCAACCAUAUUUCCCCCCUUAAUUAAUUCAUGCCAUCCAUUCCACAAUCAAUGUAGCUCUAGAGAGAGAGAGAGAGAUGGGCAACUGUCAGGCUGUGGAGGCGGCAGCGCUGGUGAUACAGCACCCAUGCGGCAAGCUGGAGAGGAUGUAUUGGCCAAUCUCCGCUACCGACGUCAUGAAAACCAACCCCGGCCACUACGUCUCUCUCAUCAUCCCCAAUCACCACAACCGCACCGUCCGCCUCAAGCUUCUCCGCCCCACCGACACUCUCCUUCUCGGCCGCGCCUAUCGCCUCCUCACCACUCAAGAGGUGAUGAGAGUGGUGAGAGCCAAGAGCCAUGCAAAGAUGAAGAGGAGCAUCACGGAAUCUGAGCCCGACCCAAGACAGCCUGCAUCGGAGACCAACCAUGAUGAGGGUGAUGCGAGGCUCCGGCACCGGGAAGGCGGAGGAAGAUCGAGAUCGUGGCGGCCGUCUUUACAGAGCAUAUCCGAGGCUGCAAGCUCAUCAAUACUUGUAUAGCUACUAGAUUACAUAACUCCACUUUUAAUACUACAUCAACAAAUUAAAUCAA